AAAAUGUCUAAGGAGACUUCUAGCUCACGCACAGCUUCUGUAACACAGGUUCUUUCAGAUGGCGAAAAAGUGCCCGCUGUCGUGGACCAAAAAAAUGCGGACGGCACAUUAGCGUUCCUUGAACUCCACGAUGAGGACUUCAAGAAUUCACCGCUCACAGAUGAAGAGGACUCCCGUAUGACGAAAAAGGUUUUGAUCGCCGUUAUUUCUCUGGUCUCUAUCAUCAACACAAUGCUGUAUAUUGACAAGGCUACCUUAUCUUAUGCGUCAAUUCUCGGAUUAUAUGAGUCAACAGGAAUCGGAACUACGGAGUACGACGACUUGAACUCAAUUUUCUAUACUGGGUACACUGUGGGCCAGGCCUUGAACUUCGUGUUGCAGAAGGUCAAUCAAAGGUACUUCCUGACGGUUACACUCUUUGUUUGGGCCAUCUUGGUUUUCUGCCACUGUGCCGCUUACAACUUUGUGGGCUUGAUUUUCCUCCGCUUGCUGCUUGGUGUCACAGAGAGUGUGGUUGUGCCCGCAUUGGAAGUGACUAUGCUUCAAUUCUUUACUCCGCAACAAAGAGCAACUAUCCAGCCUAUUUUCUGGGUUAGCUGUGUUGGUCCUCCAAAUAUUAUUGCAGGUUUCAUUGCCUAUGGAGUUCUGUACGCAACAGGAACCAUUCCGCCAUGGAAGAUUUUCAUGAUCAUUCUUGGUGGUAUGACAUUAAUCGUUACUGCAGUGUGCUGGAUUUGGUAUCCUGCUGAUCCUACGACAGCAAAGUUCCUCACGACGAGAGAGAAAUAUUUCCUCAUCAAAAAAGUUCACGCUACAAGCUCUUCGUCUAUUACGCAAACUGUGAUUAAACGCGAUCAAAUUGUCGAAUGUCUUCGUGACCCUCUUUCGUGGCUCUUUUCCCUUGCAAUGUUUUUGAUCAUGUUAUCGAAUAACCUUGCAUACCAGCAAAAUCUGCUUUAUGUCGGUUUGGGUGUGUCCAACUUGGGCUCCACUCUUGUCAGCGUUGCCGGAGCAGGAUUUUCUUGGGCUUAUAUGAUAUUUGGAUCCGUCUUCAUCUACUACUUCCCCAACCAAAGCCAUUGGGCCACUUUCUUGGGUUGCGUGCCGGCGGUAGCUAGUGGUAUAGCUAUGGUGACAAUUCCUUGGAGCAACAAGCUCGCAUUGCUUGCGAUGCUGGUGCUUGCAGGAAACACAUUUGCGCUGGCCUACAUUGUAAUCUUGGGAUGGAGUACUGCUGCCGCCAGUGGUAACACCAAACGUUAUGUCAGACAUUUGAUGCUUAUGGUGUCUUACGGUGUUUCGAACAUUAUUUCGCCACAACUUUGGAAGGGCAACCAGGGAUAUUCUGACCAUGGCACGGGCCCACGUUACUAUGCUGCAUGGACUAUCCAAAUUGUGCUCUCUUGGUUUGGAACAACCGUGGUUGCGUUCGUGAUUCACUACAUCCUAAAAGCUAGAAAUAAGGAGAGACUAGCAGCAAGAGAUGAUGACAGCGUCAAGGGAGUUGUUUUGGUGAAAGACCCAGAGACAGGCAAGACAAUUGAAGAGGCAGUCGACAUUGCUAAUCUCGAUCUCACCGAUCUCCAAAACAAAAACUUUAUAUAUCCUCUAUGAUCGCCAAUCGUCAGACAUACCCAGACUUGAGCGAGAGUUCGUUUACGGUUAUAAUAUGCAAGCUGCAGGAAGCACGAGCACUUUCGAGGCAGUAUAGAGAGAGAUCGGGAGAUUGUAGAGCAGUUUUGGGCCAGAACGGGCUUAAUUCAUCACACGUGCUAAAAAUUAUUGUGGUCUACAAUACUGCAUGCAAUAUAUUCACCCGGAA